AUGGCUUUUGAUCUCUAUGUGGCCAUCUGCGACCCCCUGAGACAUUCCACCAUCUUGACAAACUCUGUGGUGGCCAAGAUCAGACUGGCCGUGGUGCUGCGUGGCUGCAUGAUCGUACUGCCCUGUACCUUGCUAGCAAGGCAGUGGCCAUAUUGCAGAACCAACAUCAUCCCCCACUCGUGCUGUGAGCACAUGGCUGUGGUGAAGCUGGCCUGUGCCGACAUCCACAUCAACAGUUAUUAUGGCCUCUUUGUGACAAUCUUGGUGAUUGGUCUAGAUGUAUUCUUUAUAACUGUGUCCUAUAUCCAGAUCCUCAGAGCUGUCUUCAGACUCCCCACAAAGGAAACUCGGCUCAAGACUUUUGGGACCUGUGGCUCCCACCUCUGUGCCAUUUUAGCCUUUUACAUCCCAGGUCUGUUCUCCGUCCUCACAUACCGAAUUGGCCACAAAGUAGCCCUCCAUUUUCAUGUUCUCUUUGCCAAUGUGUGCCUCCUGGUGCCCCUGAUGCUAAACCCCAUCCUUUUUGGUGUGAGGACCAAACAGAUCCAGGAUAGGCUGCUACAGCUCUUUACUCAUAAAGGAACCUAA